AUGCAUUCAUUGAUGAGCGAGGAGGACGAGUGCAAACCGAUUAGUCCCGCGCAGACAAAUUCCUCGUCGGAUCAAUUCCCGCGCGAUCUUUUCACAUUAGAGCAACGGCGUCACGGCGCCAUUGUGCUUCAUUUUGGUGGACUCGUCUACAUGUUCGUCGCGUUGGCGGUGGUUUGCGACGAGUUUUUCGUCCCUUCACUCACCGUGCUCACCGAUGUGCUAGAGAUCAGCGAUGACGUGGCUGGGGCGACAUUUAUGGCCGCCGGUGGAUCAGCGCCCGAAUUUUUCACUUCUGUUUUCGGAGUGUUCGUCGCGCAGAACAAUGUGGGCAUUGGCACGAUUGUUGGCAGUGCCACUUUCAACAUUUUGUGCGUGCUAGCGUUUUGCACGCUUUUCUCGCGCGAUGUUCUCCAUCUCACGUGGUGGCCGCUGUUUCGCGACAUGACUUUCUACAUGCUGGCCUUGUUUUUCCUUGUGCUUUUCUUCUCAGACGAGGAGAUCGAAUGGCCCGAAGCGCUCACGUUAUUCGUCAUCUAUAUUUUAUAUGCUCUUUUUAUGAAAUACAACACACAAAUCGAGAAUUUCGUGAAAGGAACUGUGCUGAGAAUCGAGAAAAAUCAACGAAAUCACACGUUUGAUCGAGAAUCGCAAACACAACAGAGUGCCAAAUCGAAUGGAAAUCAGAUGCACUUACCAGAACCAAAGCGAGGCGAUCACCGAAUGUCGAUCCCGAUCAUUCAUGGGGGACAACAUAUAAGGAAUGGAAUCGCCCAUUUGGCAUUGGGUGCCGAGGAUGGGAUGGGCAAUGAUGGCUAUUCCCAUCACUCAGAACCGAUCUCGCCAAAUCCAAAAGUGAUCGAUGUUCAGCCGUAUGAUAACUGGAAAAAGAGGGAGAACGGUGUAAAGACAGUCAGCGGUUUAGUAAGCCAAAAUGAGACACCAAAAGCGAACGGAAACUCGCAUCAUGGAGAGAGUUAUGCAUUCGGGCAGACGAACGGAAAUGGGAACGGCCUCCUUUCGAAUGGAUACGAUCGAGCGCAUGAACUCGACAAGGUGGGAACUUUAUCGUUGAGCGAAGACGACGAGCAACCCUUGGACCUUUCAUGGCCCGAUGGAUUUGGGAAACAAAUUGUCUAUCUCCUAUUAGCCCCAAUCACUUUCCCGCUUAGCAUCACGUUGCCGGAUGUGCGCAAAACGCACCUUCGCAAAUGGUUUGUUUUCACGUUUUCCGCGUCGAUUCUCUGGAUUGCUUUCUUUUCGUAUUUGAUGGUUUGGUGGGCGAAUACGAUUGGAGAAACAAUGGGAAUACCGACUGAGAUCAUGGGCCUCACAAUUCUUGCAGCCGGUACGAGUAUCCCUGACUUAAUCACGAGUGUCAUCGUCGCUCGCAAGGGUUUGGGUGACAUGGCGGUGAGCAGCUCGAUCGGCUCGAAUCUUUUCGAUAUUUGUGUCGGUCUUCCCAUCCCAUGGCUUUUCUAUUUCUUGUUGGCUUUUCUCCGAAAUCUCACCGAAACAGUGCCCUCAAUAUCAGUGAUUUCAAAUGGUUUAAUCUGCUCGGUGGGAAUGCUUUUUUUAAUGCUAAUAAUCCUCGUGAUAUGUAUAGCCGCUUCUCGAUGGCGAAUGGACAAAUUUUUUGGCCUUGUCAUGAUCACUUCUUACGUGAUUUUUUGUAUUUUCUCGAUUUUCCUCGAAACGGGCCAUGUCAUUUGUCCGUUACGUUUCUUCGGGAAUAAUUGU